UCUGAGUCAGGGAAGGACAAGCAAUCUUUCUUUGCCGCUAAAGCUUCAGUGAACUGUUGCCCAGAACCUAGGCACUUCAGACAUUUCAUCUCACCCCUUAUUCCGCGUUCACUGUAUAAGUCACCUGCACAUUUGUACCCCGAAAAUUUUUCCUUCUGCUCCAUGCUGAGAGCAGGGGUCGAAAGGGAAUUUUAAGUGUUUGAAAGAAAAGGUCUUUUACUGACUGCGGGGAGCUGUCUACGGUGCUGAAGCUUCCCAGGCGUUCGUCUGCAACACCACACGGAGUUAGAUUGCACAUUUUCGUUCUUGGCUUUCUCAUCCCCUAUGCCUUGGAUAAGACUAAUUUCAGGAUCGUGAAAAUCUCUCCGUAUCAUGGCCCACGUGAGACACUUUCGGACAUUAGUUUCGGGAUUUUACUUUUGGGAAGCAACACUGUUACUCAGCUUGGUUGCAACAAAGGAAACAGACAGUGCACGGUCUCGAAGUACUCCAAUGUCACCUUCUGACUUUCUGGAUAAGUUAAUGGGAAGGACGUCAGGAUAUGAUGCAAGAAUCAGACCUAACUUUAAAGGCCCUCCUGUUAAUGUCACAUGCAACAUAUUCAUAAACAGCUUUGGCUCUAUCGCUGAGACAACCAUGGAUUACAGAGUGAAUAUCUUUCUUCGUCAGAAAUGGAAUGAUCCCCGCCUUGCGUAUAGUGAAUAUCCUGAUGACUCUUUAGAUCUAGACCCUUCUAUGCUAGACUCCAUUUGGAAACCUGACUUGUUCUUUGCCAAUGAAAAGGGUGCCAACUUUCAUGAAGUUACUACAGACAAUAAAUUGUUACGAAUUUUCAAGAAUGGAAAUGUUCUUUAUUCAAUAAGGCUGACAUUAACGCUUUCUUGUCCGAUGGAUCUCAAGAAUUUUCCAAUGGAUGUACAAACAUGUAUAAUGCAACUGGAAAGUUUUGGGUACACAAUGAAUGAUCUCAUUUUUGAAUGGCAAGAUGAGGCACCUGUGCAAGUGGCUGAAGGACUCACUUUGCCCCAGUUUCUGCUGAAAGAAGAGAAAGAUUUACGAUACUGCACUAAACAUUACAACACAGGAAAAUUUACAUGUAUAGAAGUGCGAUUCCAUCUUGAACGACAAAUGGGAUACUACCUGAUCCAGAUGUACAUUCCCAGUCUCCUGAUCGUUAUUCUCUCCUGGGUUUCAUUCUGGAUCAAUAUGGAUGCUGCGCCAGCCAGGGUAGCCUUGGGAAUAACUACUGUCCUGACCAUGACCACCCAGAGCUCGGGAUCGCGAGCAUCCUUACCAAAGGUUUCUUAUGUCAAAGCUAUUGACAUUUGGAUGGCAGUAUGCCUCCUUUUUGUGUUUUCAGCACUUCUGGAAUAUGCAGCUGUAAAUUUUGUAUCAAGACAACACAAAGAACUUCUGAAAUUUCGACGAAAGAGAAAGAAUAAGACAGAAGCUUUUGCAUUGGAGAAGUUUUACCGUUUCUCAGACACGGAUGAUGAGGUAAGGGAAAGUCGAUUCAGCUUCACAGCCUAUGGAAUGGGACCCUGUCUGCAAGCAAAAGAUGGUGUGACCCCGAAAGGCCCAAACCAUCCUGUCCAGGUAAUGCCGAAAAGUCCUGAUGAAAUGAGGAAGGUUUUUAUCGACAGAGCCAAGAAGAUUGACACCAUCUCUCGAGCCUGUUUCCCAUUAGCCUUUUUGAUUUUUAAUAUUUUCUACUGGGUUAUCUAUAAAAUUCUUAGGCAUGAGGAUAUUCAUCAGCAACAAGAUUAAGCCUCUGGGGGAAUGCAAGUGCAAACGAUCAAUUCAAAAGAAAGUUUCAUUGCCAUAGGUGUGUGUAUACGUGUGUGUUUGUUGGUGUAAAAAUGAUGACCAUCAUAUUAAAAUGGCAUAUGGGUGGGUAUUUUUGUGAUAUGCUAUGCAAAGUCACAAGGCAGAUUAAGAGUCUUUUGAUGGAUACAA